AUGGCUUCCGCUACCCCGUUGGAGCCCUACAAUGUUUGGGAAGACGUCCCGUCCACCAUGGACAUCAACCUCAAUAGCAUCGAGACUGACGAUAAUGAUUCCACCAUCACCACAACCAGCAACUACAGCAAUAACAGCAAGAGCAGCAAGAGCAGCAAUGGAGGGUCACCGACGCGGUAUAGUGCACAGACGAUUCGACAGAAGAAGGGGCGGCAGUUGUUGUCGACCAUGAUGGGGGCUGAGGAUAAGGAUGGCAACAGUAGUGUGGGUGGAGGAGCGUUGUUCCCGACCGCAGGGACGAGUUCUUCGACGGUGACUGUUGAGGAGACGAAGGGGGGAGAGAAUGAAAGUGGGAGUAGAAAGACGACCAUGACGACUACUACUAGGACUGCUACUACCAGUUCUUCGUCAGGCAAGCCAUCCACCUCCACGUCCAACCCUGCAGCCGCUGGAGGAGCACACAGUUAUACCGAUGGUACUGGAGCGAGUACUGGAGGUCAGUUGGGACUUGGCAAAGCAUCCCUCCCCCUCGUAGGAGGUGGACGAGGAGGAUUCCCGUCGGUGGGUCUGUACCAGGGCAUUGGUCGAGUACAGGCAUUCUCGGCGAUGGCGUUUAGUACCUUUGCGGUGAUCCAUUUGGUUCCUCCCAUGCUGGCGUCUGUGGGAGGCAUCGAGCUGGCGAAUAAGGCUUUGCUCUGGGGGCGUGUCUAUUACCAGACAAAUGGAUUGGAGCAGGUACUGGUGUCAGGAUCACUGUUGGUGCACUUGGGAGCAGGACUCUGUAAAGCCGUGAUCCGCAUGGUCUGGAAAGUCAAGUCCUACUACUCUGGUUCAUCCUCUUCAACAUCCCCAAGAGCCAUUGAGGAUAGAGAUACCCCGACCGUCAAUAAGGAAUCGUCCACCACGACCAACGCUUCCGGUUCUACCAGCACUACUACUACUACCAAAAUCACGACAAUCACCAAGACUACAGGAGGAAGUGGAAGUGGAUCGGCAAGCGCACCAGGAUUGUUCCCUUACCACCGACUCGCAGGCUGGAUCCUGACGCCUAUGGUCAUCGCCCACAUGAAUGACAUGCGUCUGGCCCCACUCGAAGUCCUGGGUGACUCGUCCUUGGUCGAUUACUCCUUUGUCACAUACCUCCAUCGGGUUGGGCGUUCCGGACCGUAUAUUUUGCUGGUGGGAUUGUUGGCGUACCAUAUGUUUGGGGGUGGACCGGUGGCGUUUAAUAUGGUGCUGCCGAAGGGUUCGGCGAGGAGAGUCAAGGUUCAGGAUUUGAUUAGGUCGAAGAAGGACAUGGGGCUGGUGAGGGGAAGCUCACAAGAAGGAGCAAGGCACCAAAAGCUUGAAAAGGCCCGCGAGAAAAUGAUGCAAGAUUUCGAACAGCAACGGAUCCAGAUCGCAAAGGACCACGAAGUCAAGGCCGCAGCGGAUAAGUUUGUGGUGCAGCAUUCGAAUGUUGAGGAGGCUUUGAAGCAGUCGACGAUUGGCUUGGUCCAUUUGAAGGAUUUUCAGAAGGUUAGAUUGGAGUUGGAGGAGUUGAAGAAGCGGGAGGCUGCCCAGACUAAUAAGCUGCAGGAGAGAGUGGUGAAGAAGAAGGCAAAGAAGGUGAUCUCCAAGCUCUCAUUCGCGGACGACGAGGAGGAAGAAGAGUCUUCAACAGCAUCAUCGCCCAAGGACAUCAAAGGAAAGAAGCGUGCCCAGGACAACGACGACGACGAUACAAAGGACUCCAAGUCACCAUCAACACCACCAUCAGAACCAGCACUGAAGAAGUCAAAGUUUGGCAAGGACCCCAACAUCGACACGAGCUUCUUGCCGGAUCGGGAGCGUGAAGAGGAGGAGCGUCGGGUGAGGGAGGAGCUUCGUCAGGAGUGGUUGACAAAUCAGCAAAAGAUCAAGAAUGAGACGAUCCAGAUUACCUACUCUUACUGGGAUGGCUCUGGACACCGCAAGGAAGUCGAGUGCAAGAAGGGAGAUACGAUUGCACAGUUCCUGGAGAAAUGCCGGCAACAGUUUCAACAGCUUCGCGGAGUCAGCAUCGACAACAUGAUGUACGUCAAGGAGGAUCUGAUCAUCCCACACCAUUUCACCUUUUACGACUUUAUUAUCAACAAGGCUCGUGGAAAGUCGGGACCAUUGUUCAGCUUUGAUGUCCAUGAGGAUAUUCGAUUGACCAACGAUGCUGGAGUCGAAAAGGAUGAGUCUCAUGCGGGAAAGGUUGUGGAGAGGUCGUAUUAUGAGAGGAAUAAGCAUAUCUUCCCGUUGAGUCGGUUUGAGAUUUAUGAUCCGGAGAAGUCUUAUGGCAAGUACUCUAUCAAGGGCAAUGCCAAGUAG